GAAACGCGGUGCGCGUGCUCCAGGCGGGAGCCGCGGUGCAGGGGCGGGGUCUCGCGGCGGGGGAAGGGGCUGCUCUGGGCUCGAGAUGCUGGGCGCCGGGAGGCUGGGCGGGCUCGGAACCCGGGCAGCGCCUCUGUGGCCCGGGCGAGCUGGCUCGAGGGGCCUCGGAGCCAGGAUCCGCGCCCGAGGGGUCAGCACCAGCUGGUCCCCGGUGGGCGCCGCCUUCAAUGUCAAGCCCCAGGGCCGCCGCCUGGACCUGUUCGGCGAGCGCCGGGGUCUUUUUGGAGUUCCUGAGCUCAGUGCCCCAGAAGGAUUUCGGGUCGCCCAAGAAAAUGCCUUGAGGAAGGCAGACUUGCUUGUGCAGCGUGUGUGCUCCGUGGCACCUGGGCCCCAGACCGUGCUCAUUUUCGACGAGCUCUCUGAUUCCUUGUGCAGGGUGGCCGACUUGGCCGAUUUUGUGAAAAUCGCCCACCCCGAGCCCGCGUUCCGAGAGGCGGCGGAGGAAGCCUGUACGAGCAUCGGCACCGCGGUGGAAAAGUUGAACACAAAUGUGGAAUUAUAUCGAAGUCUGCAAAAAUUGCUAGCUGACAAAAAACUUGUGGAUUCCCUUGAUCCAGAAACCAGGCGAGUGGCUGAACUGUUUAUGUUUGAUUUUGAAAUCAGCGGAAUCCACCUAGACAAAGAGAAGCGUAAGAGAGCAGUGGACCUGAAUGUUAAAAUCUUGGAUUUGAGUAAUACAUUUCUCAUGGGAACUAACUUUCCCAACAAGAUUGAGAAGCAUCUCUUGCCAGAACACAUUCAUCAAAACUUUGUAGUCGCUGGAAAUCACGUGAUAGUUGAUGGUCUACACGCAGAAUCUCCAGAUGACUUGGUGCGAGAAGCCGCUUAUAAAAUUUUUCUUUAUCCCAAUGCUGGUCAGUUGAGAUGUUUGGAGGAAUUGCUCAGCAACAGAGACCUGCUGGCAAAGUUAGUGGGGUACUCCACGUACUCCCACAGAGCCCUGCAAGGAACACUAGCCCAGAGUCCAGAGACGGUCAUGCAGUUCCUUGAGAAGCUAUCAGACAAACUUUCUGAAAGAACUAUAAGAGACUUUGAGAUGAUACGAGGGAUGAAAAUGAAACUAAAUCCUCAAAAUUCUGAAUUAAUGCCUUGGGAUCCCCCCUACUACAGCGGUGUGAUUCGUGCAGAGAGGUACAAUAUCGAGCCCAGUUUGUAUUGUCCAUUUUUCUCCCUUGGAGCGUGCAUGGAAGGCCUCAACACUUUGUUUGGCAGACUGUUAGGGAUUACGUUGUAUGCCGAGCAGCCCGCGAAAGGAGAGGUGUGGUGCGAGGGCGUCCGCAAACUGGCUGUGGUUCAUGAAUCCGAAGGAUUGUUGGGGUACAUUUACUGUGAUUUUUUUCAGCGAGCGGGCAAGCCACAUCAGGACUGCCAUUUUACAAUCCGUGGAGGCAGAUUAAAGGAAGACGGAGACUACCAGCUCCCAGUCGUAGUUCUUAUGCUGAAUCUUCCCCAUCCCUCAAGGAAUUUACCAACUUUAUUAACUCCUGGAAUGAUGGAAAAUCUUUUCCAUGAAAUGGGACAUGCCAUGCAUUCUAUGCUGGGACGUACUCGUUACCAGCACGUCACUGGGACCAGGUGCCCCACUGACUUCGCUGAAGUUCCUUCUAUUCUGAUGGAGUACUUUGCAAAUGACCACCGAGUGGUUAGCCAGUUUGCCAGACAUUAUCAGACGGGGCAGUCGCUGCCCAAAAAUAUGGUGUCUCGGCUUUGUGAGUCCAAAAAGGUGGGUGCUGCAGCCGAUAUGCAACUUCAGGUCUUUUAUGCCGCCCUGGAUCAGAUCUACCAUGGGAAGCACCCCCUGACGGCAUCGACCACAGACAUUCUCAGGGAAACCCAGGAGAAAUUUUAUGGCUUACCAUACGUUCCAAAUACCGCCUGGCAGCUUCGAUUCAGCCACCUCGUGGGCUACGGUGCCAAGUAUUACUCUUACCUCAUGUCCAGGGCGGUAGCUUCCAUGGUCUGGAAGGAGUGUUUUCGACGAGACCCUUUUAACAGGACGGCAGGGGAGCGCUAUCGCAGGGAGAUGCUGGCACACGGCGGGGGCAAGGAACCGAUGCUCAUGGUGCAAGGUAUGCUUCAGAAAUGUCCUUCUAUUGACGACUUUGUAAGUGCCCUUGUUUCUGACUUGGAUCCGGACUUCGAAACUUUCCUCAUGGAUUCUGAGUGAUGGAAGCACCUUGGAUCUUUUAAAUCAAGGCCAUUGUAGAGAUGAACUUUGCUGUAAAUGUUACAGCUGUGAACUCUCGUUUCUGAUUUCAGUAUUCACUUCUGUAAUAACUUCUGAAAAAGCUUAAAUGGAUGGAACUGGGAAUAAAUAAUUUGCUUUAAUUAUUCUGGCUUUUAGCCCGUUUGGCAGAUUUUUGAACAUAUGGAAAUCUACUCAAUGAGCUAAUAAAAACUAGAGCCUAGCGUUGUUAAAUGCAAAGUAUGGGCAUUUCCUUAAUCCAACCAGUCUCCUGUUGAACUUUUCCCCUUGCAUUGAUCUCUAAUUGGUUCAAUUAGAGACCUAAUUAAAAGCAAACUUAUUUUAGUUUGAAACAGUCUUUAGAAGAGUUAUACAUGUAGUUCUUUUGAGUGAUUACCACUUGAAAAUGCACGUGGAGUAAUUAUGGUUUCCAAAGUACUUGUAGUUGACUGCACUGGGUUCGUCUGAGGGCUUGGGCACUGCACAGGUGGACUCAGGACAGAGAGGACUUGAACUCCUGCUUCUCUGGCUUGAUUAUGAAGGUACAAAGGGAAGUGCAAUCAACCAGCAAUGUGCCAAGAUCCAGCAACUGGUAAACAAGGAAAGUGGGAUUCAGGCCACAUCUGCCUUCAUCCUGAACCCAUCUGCUUUGCAUCCUUGCAUAUCGUAUCACUGCCUGUUAAUAGUAGGAGAGAAAUUCUUCAGUGGGUUUUUCCUACCAUCAAAGUCAAGAAUUUAAUUACAGACUUGAGCUUAAAAUGGCAUCCGCUAACACCCUCUUCUGCUUCUCACUAAAUGACCAAAGAUGAUGCAAACGGCAAGAUUUAAAAUUCCCACAGCUAGAACACAUGUCCAGCCUAUUCGUAGGAUCUGGAGGAAUUUCUACAAGCUCAGAAACAGAUGAGACCGGAUGAAGAAAUGUCAGUGGCCCACGCGUCCCGGAUCCCCCUGGGCGCAAGGCUGACAGACCUUCCCUUCUGCCCCCACCUCCUGCUCGCACUGAGAAACCCGAAGUGUGCACCUGCCAGAAGGCAGAGCCGCUGGCCUACCACCAGGGCGGGACGCUUACAUUGGCCAGGGUGCUGCCAUUUAUCGCUUUUCCACCUCCUCCCCAUUUGAAUCUCUCCCUCUGCGAACACUUGGAAACUGCAUCUCGCAGCGAAUACUUGGGCAGGAAGCAGGGAAUAGGGCAAGCCUGCCAGGGGAGCCGUCUCCAUACCCAGAACAACACUGGGGAAGGGUGGGCUAGGCUUGGCGGGGUGAUGGCCACAGGAAGAGCCCCGAUCCUGGUGCCCAGGGAGGAAUGCAACUGUGUCCGAGCUCCACCCCGUUUAUUCAGUCUCUGAGCCAAGGAAAGGAAAGAUCUUACCGGACAAACUCGCAGUACACAAACGCUAACUCCGUUCUGGGAAUGGACUUGAAGACACUGACAUCAACCCGCCGGUCAGAAACGAAGCCUCUGGGUCUUUUCCUCGCCGAAGGCGAGGGAGGAGGAGACUCUGUGUGGAGCCUCUGUACAAACAGAAGAAAAAGGAAAGGGAAAGACUACCUGGAAGGUAAUAACUUGGAAAAUUAUUUUUUAAACUUUUUUUAAUGUUUAUAUAUUUUUGGGAGAGAGCGAGAGAGAGAGAGAGCAAGCAGGGGAGGAGCAGAGAGAGAGGGAGACAUAGAAUCCAAAGCAGGCUCCAGGUUCUGAGCUGUCGGCCCAGAGCCCGAUGCGGGGCUCGAACCCACGAGCCGUGAGAUCAUGACCUGAGCCAAAGUUGGAUGCCCAACCGACUGAGCCACCCAAGUGCCCCUGAAAAUUAUUUUUUAAAGGAAGUAAAUAAAGCACAUUGUAGGAAACCUCUCUGGCAUUCUUAAUGAGAUUUGAGAAAACACACUAUUAAAUGAAGCCAUAAAAGAAAAGCUGAGCAAAAAUAAGGUAAUAGGAUAAGCUAAAAAGAAAGAAAGAAAGAA